CGUAUGGCCUCUGUGAAAACCCGGCGGUCUGUACAGUACAGCCCGCACUGCACGUUGCAAGCUCCCCUUUCUCGUCAGCCGUCACAACUGGGCAUGCUCAUUUAGUCAGGGCUGGGUUCCCCCCCUCCCUUCUUGGUCGCAAGUAGCUUUCCUUCCCCCCCCCCCUCUUUUUUUCCCCCUCUUCUGCACUACAACGGCUCCCCGGCUCCCGGCGGCUGGCCGGCCCUCCCUCCCUCCUUCUUUCCCUCUUCCCCUCCCUCCCUCUCUCUCCCCCUUCCUUCCCUCCCUCCUUCCUUCCUUCCCUUCCCCUCCACUCCUCUGCCGGCACAGUGUCGCGUAAACCUGUUUGGUGAGGCGCCCGCCUGAAGGCGCAGGGUCGGACCGCGCUCGCGGCUGCUGUGUUGGGGGGGCCUGAUUCUUACUCCUUGGCUCCCGGGAGCCCCCCUGCCCAGGAACAGACAUGUAUUCGGGAGCAGGACCCGCGCUUACGGCUCCUCCAACACCCCCCUCACCAAUGCAGGCAACGUAUACCUUUAAGCCUCCACCUAGACCAGACUUUGGGACUUCUGGAAGAACAAUCAAGCUACAGGCUAAUUUCUUUGAAAUGGACAUUCCAAAAAUUGAUAUCUAUCAUUAUGAAUUAGAUAUCAAACCAGAGAAAUGCCCUAGAAGAGUUAACAGAGAAAUUGUGGAGCAUAUGGUCCAGCACUUUAAAACACAGAUCUUUGGGGAUCGUAAACCAGUAUUUGAUGGAAGAAAAAACCUCUAUACAGCAAUGCCUCUUCCCAUUGGGAGGGAUAAACAGGUGGAGUUGGAGGUCACAUUGCCUGGUGAAGGAAAAGACAGGAUAUUUAAGGUGGCUAUAAAGUGGAUGUCAUGUGUGAGUCUCCAGGCUCUGCAUGAUGCACUCUCUGGUCGCCUGCCAAGCGUCCCUUUUGAAACCAUCCAGGCUCUGGAUGUAGUGAUGAGGCAUUUACCAUCCAUGAGGUACACACCUGUAGGGCGAUCAUUUUUUACUGCAUCAGAGGGAUGCUCAAACCCUCUUGGUGGGGGAAGGGAAGUUUGGUUUGGAUUCCAUCAGUCAGUCCGACCAUCACUUUGGAAAAUGAUGUUGAACAUUGAUGUCUCGGCAACGGCCUUUUACAAGGCACAGCCAGUUAUUGAAUUUGUUUGUGAAGUUUUGGAUUUCAAAAGUAUUGAAGAGCAACAGAAACCUCUGACAGAUUCCCAAAGGGUAAAGUUUACCAAAGAAAUCAAAGGUCUAAAGGUAGAGAUAACACACUGUGGGCAGAUGAAGAGAAAGUACCGGGUGUGUAAUGUCACCAGACGACCAGCAAGUCACCAAACAUUCCCACUUCAGCAAGAGAGUGGCCAGACUGUUGAAUGUACGGUGGCACAGUAUUUUAAAGACAGGCAUAAGUUGGUUCUACGUUAUCCUCACCUUCCAUGUUUACAAGUUGGACAGGAGCAAAAGCAUACAUACCUUCCCCUCGAGGUAUGCAACAUAGUGGCAGGACAGAGAUGUAUAAAGAAACUGACUGACAAUCAAACUUCUACUAUGAUACGGGCAACUGCAAGAUCAGCACCUGAUCGGCAAGAAGAGAUCAGCAAAUUGAUGCGAAGUGCAAGUUUCAAUACAGACCCUUAUGUUCGUGAGUUUGGCAUAAUGGUUAAAGAUGAAAUGACAGAUGUCACUGGCCGGGUCUUGCAGCCACCAUCAAUCCUCUAUGGAGGCAGGAAUAAAGCAAUUGCUACACCUGUCCAGGGGGUUUGGGAUAUGAGGAAUAAGCAGUUCCACACUGGAAUUGAAAUCAAGGUCUGGGCGAUCGCUUGCUUUGCUCCUCAACGGCAGUGUACUGAAGUCCAUCUUAAGUCCUUCACAGAACAACUCAGAAAGAUUUCAAGAGAUGCAGGAAUGCCAAUUCAGGGUCAACCAUGUUUCUGCAAAUAUGCCCAAGGAGCAGAUAGUGUUGAGCCUAUGUUCAGGCACUUAAAGAACACAUAUGCUGGGCUGCAGCUAGUAGUGGUCAUUCUGCCUGGCAAAACCCCUGUUUAUGCGGAAGUCAAACGUGUUGGGGACACUGUACUUGGCAUGGCCACACAGUGUGUUCAGAUGAAAAAUGUGCAGAGAACCACACCACAGACCCUGUCAAAUCUUUGCUUAAAGAUCAAUGUCAAGCUAGGUGGAGUAAACAACAUCUUACUGCCCCAGGGAAGACCUCCAGUAUUUCAACAACCUGUCAUCUUUCUGGGUGCAGAUGUCACUCACCCCCCAGCAGGAGAUGGAAAAAAGCCUUCUAUUGCUGCAGUUGUAGGGAGCAUGGAUGCCCACCCUAAUCGUUACUGUGCAACUGUGAGAGUUCAGCAGCACCGGCAAGAGAUCAUCCAAGAUUUGGCUGCAAUGGUCCGAGAACUCCUUAUUCAGUUCUAUAAAUCAACACGCUUCAAACCAACUCGCAUCAUCUUCUAUAGAGAUGGUGUUUCUGAGGGACAGUUUCAACAGGUUCUUCAUCAUGAGCUGUUGGCCAUCCGAGAGGCAUGCAUUAAACUAGAAAAAGACUACCAGCCUGGAAUUACAUUUAUAGUUGUUCAGAAAAGGCACCACACCAGGCUUUUCUGUACUGACAAAAAUGAACGUGUUGGGAAGAGUGGAAAUAUUCCAGCAGGGACAACAGUUGACACCAAAAUUACCCACCCAUCAGAAUUUGACUUUUACCUGUGCAGCCAUGCUGGUAUUCAGGGAACAAGCAGGCCUUCCCAUUAUCAUGUCCUUUGGGAUGACAAUCGUUUUUCUUCAGAUGAACUACAGAUUUUGACUUAUCAACUGUGUCAUACCUAUGUGCGUUGUACACGCUCUGUCUCUAUCCCUGCACCAGCCUACUAUGCGCACCUGGUGGCCUUCAGGGCCAGGUAUCAUCUGGUGGAUAAAGAACACGAUAGUGCCGAAGGAAGCCACACAUCUGGUCAGAGUAAUGGCAGAGACCACCAAGCACUUGCGAAAGCAGUACAGGUUCAUCAGGACACGCUGCGUACCAUGUACUUUGCUUGACAUGUUUUAGUGUUUAGCGAUUUAGUACAGAGUUGGAUUCACAUGAGACCAGCUACACUCAGACCAACUGUUGCCCAGCCCUCCCAUGACAGCCAGCAAGGAGCAGGAUGCAUCUAGGUUCUUUUCCAUGUGCAAGAAAGAAAACCGUCCCUGAAUUAAGACUUGGAUUUUGAGCUGCAGACCUGUAAAACUCCCAUAACCUGGCCCCCUACCCUUCGCCCCACCCUACCCCUGCCACUGUUGGAAAUGUGGUUUGCCAAAAUCUAUAGGCUGCUUUUCAGAAUACAGACCCAAGUUUCCUAAAAUUAAUUCAAGAGCUAUUAUCUCAGGGCUUUAAAAACAAACAAACAAAAAAAACCACACACAAACAGACUAUUUUAUCUGUCAUUCAAUUUACUUGUGAACAAUCUAAUGCACCACAAAAUUGAUGGAAUUCAAAAGCUGUGACUUUUCCUUAAAGAGUACAAAGGAACAAAAACAAAACACUAUUCUGGUUUUAAAGCCUUGGCUAUUCUGUAUGCAUCCACUAGUUUUAUUUUCAAAGGCAAACUAGUUUGCUCCCAUUGUAACUUAUAACCAACUUUCUACUAAGCAAAUGGCAGAUUUAUUUUCUGAGCUUUGUUCUCCAAUGCCUCCUUUUCUCCUGCGUUAUUGAUGUUUUUAUUAGAUUAAAAUAUGAAACUCUUGCCGGAAAUAGGACAUGUUGAAAACUUUUAAAGAGGUCCGAACAAUUGGCAGAUAAGUGCCAUUUUAAUAAAAUUUUUUAGGAAAAGAAAAAAGAAAAAAAGUACCGAAAACUAGUCAUAAGAUUUGUCCUCUAGGACUGUGAUACUUACUUUCCAAAGUCUCUAAAGAAUACGGGUCUGUGGUGAUAAAUACAGUACAAUCCUUUUUCACUGUUAAGUCUUUAAUGUAAAAAAAAAAAAGAUUAUAUAUGGUUAGCAGUAUUAAUGUGAUAGGUUAGGCGCUGUUAUUUUAUUUGCCAAGGGGUGCUCCUCAUAUUUUCUGUUUAACAUAUCAAGAGCAUUUUGGAUUCUAGAGAUGAAAAAACCACAUCAUGCAGAUACUAAUGUUUAAGUACAGGAAUAUGCAAUUGACUUUAAUGUGACAGAGAUCAGAGAGGCAUAUAAUUAGUGUGGAUAGUUUAACCUGCAGUUCCAGAAAUAACAAGUGUGCCCACAACAUAGCAAGAGGUCUUGUUUCCAUGAGCAGUUCUGAUGGGCACAUGCCCUCCCUUCUCCAUGGGUUUAAGCACAAAAUGGAGUUUAUUCUUUUGAUUAUUGGGAAGCAGAAAGAUGUUGAUGUUCAGGAAAGCAGUUUGGUUUUCUGGUUUUGUUUUGGAAGUGUCAUGGAAUCUAUGCAGUCAAAUAUCUAGGAAAUUGUUGACGUUUACUUAUGGAGAAAGAUUAAUCUCUCUGUUAUGCAUUAAGUCAAUAGUGAGAGAGAUUUGGCCAUUCUCUUAAGAGAAGCAUUAAAAUUGAUAAGUACAAGGCAUGUAUAUUUCUGUCAGGAUUUGCACACUGGGGUCACUUACAUUUAUUACAUGUAUAAACCCUUGCACUAAUAGCGAUAUACCAUGGACAAUUUUGAGGGGAUACAACAAGAAUACUGUUUCGUGCUGGUUUGAUUUGAUUUUUUUUUUCUGUGCGAUAUUUUAAAGCAAUUGAUCAUGUUAAAUGUGUAGACGUAGGAGAAAAGUAACCUUUGCUUCUUCACCCAUUAAGCUUUCUCAUUUUAUUCUAUCAUUGAACCACAUUUACCUCCAGCCAAGAUGGCAGGCAACCAGAUUAUUUGGAGUUAUGGACUGGACUGUGGUGUAGGCUCCUAAGUUCUCUAUAUUUGUUAUUUUACUGGCUAUGAGUUUGGGGGAUUUAACCACACUUCAAGUUAUACUGAACACCUUGCCCAUGUUAUUUUGGCUGAAAUAACAAAUGGAGAGUGUCAUUUAUCUAUCUGUGUAUGUAUACGUGUGUGUUUGUGUGUAGUAUGUGUGUGCUUAUCUUCCUAAUGGCAUUAGUCUUAUCUUGCUGUUUUAAGUCAUUUGCUGUAUCAUUUUCAUUUUAUAAAAAAAAAAAAAUUUGUUCCAGAAGAUUCUACAGGAAACGUUGCCAUUCUCCUUCCCUUUUUAAUGGUGUGUGGCACUUUACCAAUUUUCAGAGGGGUAAAAAUUCACUCUUGGCUCAAGUUUUAACUUGAGUUAGAGCCUAAGAGAUAAUCCUUUUUCAUACCAAACUGGUGGGAACCAAAAUCAAAUUAGUCCCACCCUUUUCUGAAAGCACCUGUGGGCUCUAUUGAGUUAAUUAGGUUUAGGAAGAAACCUGCUUUUCGCACUGAUUGGAACCACAAGGGAAUAUUGAGAGAAAUGGACAACAGAAAAAAGGGGGAUGGGGGAUGCCUUUCUAAGCUAGAAGUACAUUUAUAAUUGCCAAUCAAGCACAGACUCAUAGAGACUUCUUCUAGGAUGUUCUUGUCAGUAUUUCAAUGGGAAGAAUAUUUUCUUAAAAGUGGGCCUAAAGGACUUUGAGAAUUACUCUAUAGGUCUGUGCUAUAACUGCUUUUGUAAGACUUUUUAAUAUACAAAGCAUUAAUAGACCAAAAUAUCUCCAGUAUGUUUGUAAUCCUUUGGUUUUACAAAAUUAGAAUGGCUCUAACUAGAACAGUCUCUCAGGUAAUAGUUUGUUUUGUAAAGUUCACCAGUUAGGGGUUUUUUGAGGGGAAGGGAGGGAAUAUAAAAUUUUUAAAAUAAUUCAUUUCUCCUAUAAACCACAAAGAAAAAAAAUGUCAAAACUAAUAAUGAAUUUCAUGGCUGUAUAUAGAAUUUUUGGAGAUGAAAUUCAAAGUUAAGACCCUAUUCACAUGGUGGCCAAAAGGUAUUCCUUUCCAAACACUUAUUUCUGAUUGUUUUUGUACACAACAUGCCCCCAAGACAUUGUGAACAGGUGAACUGUGCUGUACCCAAAGUGGUGUUGCUGGUGAGCACACCCAUCCAUCAGUUUCCUUAAAGUGAAUAUUCCCCUGUUCCCAUCUUUUGUGAUUCUUUUUCAUUUGGCAGGGGCUUCUGAUACUGUCUGCUUUUUUUUUUUCCCCCUGCCAGUCUCAAAAAGUUGUACCUCACUUUAGGUAAACUGGCUAUGUGAACAGUGGAAAAAAUUCCCAGUCUCUAUAUCUAUAUCUAUAUAUAUAUGUCUAUAUAUAUAUGUAAAAGAUAAAAUUUAUCUGAUUGCUUUAAAAGGGUUUCACAAGAGAGUUCUUUUUACUGUUCACAAUAAGAUUCCUUUUAAGCGUUUGAAAUGUUUUGGUUUACAUUCUUAUUUACACACAUUAAUGAUGGUGAUACCUCACACUUAUAUAGUGCAUUACAGUUUACAGAAGUGCUUUCACAUCCAUCUCAUUUGAUCCUCACAGCAGCCUAGUGAGGUAGAUAAGGACAGGUAUUAUUAUACCCAUAUUGCAUAUGAAGAAACUUUUAUCUAUAAAUAGCUGUGUGAAAUGACUUGCCCAAGAUCAGUAGAGCCAAACUCUUUUAAGUCCAGGUCUCCUGACACUAGCGCUCUUUGCAGGAAGGUUUUGUUUCCUUAUACUGCCUACCACUCAUAGUUAAUGAUCUGUAAACCAAGACUUAAAGUUGACUUGGGAAGCCUAUUUAAAAGAGCCAAUUGGGGCUGGGGAUGAGGGGAUGAAUUCUUUUGUCAUACAAAAAUAUUAUCCCUUAUUUGACUUUGAUAAGUCUGGGUUUCCCUAGUCCAGAUUUUAUAAAGCUGAACUAACUUUUGGCAUUUUUCAGGAUUAUGAGUUACUUUCUAUCUGAAGGCAUAUUUUGGCAUGUAAACUUGUGACUCCUAGAACCCGGUGUCUCCAUUUUUCCAUUAAAAAUCACAUUGCCUUUACAUACUUUUCCCAAAUUCACUUUUGAGGGGGGGAAAUCAAAUCUCCCUUGGAAAGCAUCUUUGCACCCAGUCAGAACCACAAGGGCACUCGGAGGUGAAACUUUAUAUCAUAGCCUCAUUGUGCACUUUGGUAACAUGGCUUAAAAUCAUGGCUAUCUGGUCCCAACUCUGGCCAGUAGUAAUUACUAAUAUUUACCCAAGCUUUUUGAGUAUUCAGAACAAGAGACCUGUUAAAUUUUUGUCCCUGGUUUGUUUUGUUUUUAAGGGAAAAAAGGUAUUUUUAAUUAAAUGCAAAAAUUAUAAUUUAUUUCAAUAUAAUGCCCCAUUUUGAUUUGGCCUAAGCCUCUAUUCCAUUUUUUAGCACCUAAGUUAUUAUAAUAUAAAUUUUUAUCCAAACUUUAUAGUUUAGCAUGGAUUCUUUUAACUUUUGAUAUAAUGAAAGGAAACACCAUAAGUGUAAUUUUGCUAGAACAGAGCACUAAACAUUGCUAUUUUUCUUACCUACUUGGAAUUGUGAUUUUUCAUUAAUCUCUAAUGAUUUAAAUUUCCCUUCUGAAAUAUUUGGAUGUGCUUGAUCUAAGUCAUGCUAAAUGUCAACCAGCCUUUUUCCAGUAGAGACAGUCUUUCCUUUAAAUGUUCUUUAAGCAUUUGUCAUAAAAUGAAAGGAAGGAACCUGGAUCAAUUUCUCAUUUGACAGAUGAGGAAACAGCCUCAAAGAGGGAAAAUAACAUGACCCAAAAUACACUGUGAGUAUGGCAGAACCAGAAUAUGGACCCAGGUCUCCUGAUUUUAUUUUAGUUCCUUGCUUUUACUAUUACAUCAAUGAGGCUCAAUUAGAGGGUGUCUGGUGCUAAGUACCACAUAUCUUAGUUGAUUAUUCACAUCAUAGGAUUAGAACUGGAAGGGAACAUGAAGAUCAUUUAGUUCAAGUCUCUUUCCUUCUCUUUCCUGAGCAAUUGUGACUGUUCCAUGGUCACCCAAGUAGCAGUCAAAAUUCAAACCUAGGUCUUAUCUCAGAAUCCAGUAUUUCCCUCCUCUCCCCGACAAUAUUAUGCUAUAAUGACUAGGAUCUUGACACUUCUCUUCAUAGUUUCAGAUCUCUUUGAUGGUAGCAGUGAAUUUUUUUUUGAAUGGGCAUUUCCCUGUGUCUAGCAUAAUUCACUUAGUGAAUGUAUGUGGAAAAGUUUGGUUACUGACUUAAUACAGAGGGCCAUUCUGGUGGCCUAGACAAGCCAUAAGUAAUUUUUAUGUGAUCUCUUCUGAACUUAUAUCUUUCUCCCACAAGACAAGGAAUGUACAUCAAAUAGAAAAUUUUUCUCUCUUCAGGCUACUCCCUUUCAAAAUACAAUUUACAUUUAUAUUUAGGUCCUUCCCAAAGCAAACUGCCCCCUAGUAAUUUCACUGGCUGUUUAGGCUGGCAUAACUUUUUUUUUUUUCAAUUUAAACAGUACACUUCUGACUUUUAUAUUGUAGGUAUUUCUCCAUGUGCCCCCAAAUGUCUGUUUUAUAAGCAAACCUUCAACUCAAAAUAAUUGCACUGAUUUUUUGGGGAACUUCGUUUUUACUUGUGUCAGAUCUUUUGUCAUCUGCUGUAGCUGUUUGGAAAAGACUGUAUAUAAUGUUAUGAUUAUGAGAAAUAGAAAUACUAUCAUUGAUGUACUUUGUUUUUGUGAUACUGCCACAUUUACAGUAUUAAGAUGUUAGAACCGUAUGGGUUAAAAAUUCCUUUAUUUUCUUCCAUUUGUGUCUGGUGACAUUUCAUGAAGGAUGGAUUAGCUUGUUUCUCUAGGAGGUUGUUAUUCAAUCUUCAUUUCUAAUACAUUUUCUUCAUAAGUUUUUAAAGAAGAUUAUAAAGAUUUUAAACUUUUUUUUUCCUUUUAUGCUUCCUUCAGUACUAUCUGUGGCUCCAAAGCUUAUUUUCUUCAAGCACUUGGUCAAAUUUCAUAGGAAGGCAACGUUCACAAAAAAAAACUGGGCAGCUCUCUUUUACCUAUUUUGAGUCAGGCAUAAUCAAAAGCUAUUCUAUUCAAAUUGCUUUUUAUUUAACCUAUAGGUGCUAGAGAUCUCAGAAUUACAGUAUUGCUCAUAUAUGGCAUUUGAUUUGAUAGCUACGUAAAUAUUUAUUGUAGGUCUAAGGGGUUAACCGAUAAGUUUGUAAUUAUGUUGAGAUGUCUCAGAAACCUGAGUGGUUUUUGACUCUUAAAUUUUUUGUUUCUUUUGCUUUUUUUUUUGCAUAUAUUGGUGUGAUGUGGACUCCGUUAUGUUCCAUAUAGUCCUGCGCCUUUUGGAUAUGUUUUUGCCAUUUAAUUGUCAAAAGUGAAUGUAUUGGUUUGGCCAAAUCACUACAGUUGGUGGUUUCCAAAUAUCGCUUAGAAGGCAAAUGCAGAUAAAGGCUACCUCUGAAUUCUUAGAUUCAUAUUUUUUGCUCUUCAAAAAUAUAGCUCUCAACACUGAAAAUAGCCAAAUUAUUGCCUAAAUAAACUGAAUUGUGAUCGUUCAGUCCUGACUUGCAAACUCAUGUGCCAUACUGUGACCCUUCAGUAAGCACUCAUCAUCUCUCCAGCUGCCUCAGAAAGCAGGAACGAAUUGUGUUGAAGCCUUUUCUGUCCAAGCUUUUCUCCCAGAAAUCAGAGCAGCUGCCCUUGCAAGGCUGACACAUUUGUUUGGAUUCAGGCUUCCAUGUGGCAAUAUUGUGAAACAGCCAGCACUCUCCUGAUUAGGGUUCAUUUUCCUGUUUCAAACACAAAAGCACUUUUUCUCCAUUCCACACUUGUGAGUGGGUCAACAAUUGUUCCCACUCUCAGCCCGCCCUCACCAGCUUCCCCCUACCCAAUACAUAUGCCCUCAAGUCAGACAUUUUUAAAAAAAUUAAUAACAUUUGUUUAAAAAAAAAGAUAGACAUUGAUAUUGCAUGAUAGAAGUUUGAAGUUACCUUAUUUACUAUUCAGAUCAAACCUAAUAGGAAUUUCAGCUAUAAAAAUCUCUUUAUUUUCCUGCCUAGAGUCAGGCAUCUUUAUUUAAAAGGAAUGGGAUUGGGGGCAGUAGGGAGAGAUGGUGAGUAGUCAAUAUAGGGAAAGGCCUUCAGGGCCUUGGCUCAAAUCUUGAAAUAAUGUGCGUGUACCCUAAAGGUGCUUUGAACGCUCAGAAGCAAAACUCUAGAAAAUCUGUGCUAGUACGAUAUAUUCUUUUGUUUACAAUAAAUCUAAAUAGGCUUCCCCUAGAUUAACUGCUUUAUUGUCAGAAACGUUCUCAUUUACCUGUACAUAGAAUUUUAACUCAGUAUUUUUAAUAAGAUUACCUUCUUAUAAUCAGCUAAGAAUAAAGUGGGAUUUCAUAAUUUUUCUCCUAAUUUUGUGGACUUAAGAAUGGUCAUUUAAAUGUAUGAACAGAGCAGUCCGUUCAUAAAGAAGUUUGGAUGGAUAGUAUGGCUCUGAUCUGAUGAAGGAUGAUGAACAGAGAAAUCUUUGUUUAGAAGCUCUUAAUUCUCUGUUGACAUUUUGAAAGAGACUCCAGGGAAGUCCCAAGUAUAUUAUUAGCUUACUUUUUUAAAACAAACUCUUUUUCACACUUUUAUUGCUCAUUUUGGCCACACAUGCACACAUCAUGAUCCUGAGAUGUGGCAUCUUUUGUAUGUGCAUCACAUGUUUCUCUUGCCUGUCCUAGAACAUGGUGAUGGCACUAUAAUAUAUAUUUUAUGUAGACUAUCAUGUAAAGAAUUUAGACUUUUUUUUUUUAACAUGGACCCCAGGGUACUUCUCUUCAAGGCCCUUUUGAGUGGUCCUUAUUAACAUUUGCUCCCUUGUCUCUGUGGCUUAGAAGGCCAGAGAGGACUAGAUGAUGUUUCAAGAAGACAAAAUGCUUUUCUUUCUUUUAUAAAUGUGGAUUUUUUUUUCCCCAAAUUCAGAUGUCAGCUUGUUGCAAAGGUCUGCCUUUGGAAAGGCCACUUAUCAGGAACUCUGAAAUUGGCCUUUCUCAUUUUUGUUUUUGUAGGGGUUUGACAUAUUAGAGUAUCCAUUCAAUUCAAUAUGUACAAGGCACCUACUCAGUUAAGCAUUUUACCAAGCACUUAUUAUGUGCCAAGCCCUUUGCACAAGGCCUUGUGCCCAGCACUGGGAAUGAUAAUUAUUUGUCCAGGAUGAAGAGUAAAGAAUGCUGAUUUCAUUUAUUUGGCUAUCAGUGUAACUGCACCUUAGGAGAGAAUGAGGAUAAAUUGUAGGGGCAUGAAGGGGUGAGGAGGAAAAGGAAAGUUAUUACUUUGAAUAUUGUGUUCAGCUAAGUCAGAAUUGUUUCUUCAGUGGGGUGGACAGUGAGCACCUCCUCCUAAGGCCUUAGGUGAGUACCACUAUCAUUUCUCCUCCAUUGUGUUCUAAGACCUAAUGUAAACAAAGUAGGAUUCAAGCCUUGGCUUUCCGUCACCGUGCCUUUCAAACCUGGGCCCGGGAUGUCCUUGCCCCCCCCAAAAUAGUUUUUGGAGGGAUGCAAGAAGUGUUGCAUGGAGUAGGAAACUCUCGAUAGAUAGGAUGGGAAAGCGCCAGUGUCCCAAGUGGUCAGCUCAUGUUUGAACGGACUUGCCUCCUAGCUUGGUAAAAACACAGUCCUACAGAGGCUCCAGCUCUGUGAAUUUGGGAUAAUGCUAGCUGUUUCACAAUUGGAAUUUCCAAGUACCUGUUUCUUUCAGUCCUUUUGCCAAAACCCAGGUUCAGUGGGUUUCCAGGAUAUUUAUGACCCAUCUUUUAACCAGGUAUUGACCAAGAAUCAUCAGUGAUUCCAUCUCCAGGACAACUCAAGGUUGUUUUCGUUUUCAUACCUAGAUGAGUCAUGGAAGAAGCAAAUGAAAUGAUCUUAAUUUUAUGCAGAAAGGCAGGUACAUUACUCUGAGUGCUGAACUUGGAGUCAGUGAGUCUGGAGUUAAAAUUCUGCCUCUGACACUUAUUAUGCACCCAAAUGACUCUUGGGCAAGUUUCUUAAACUCUGUGUAUGUGCUUCAGGCAACUCCCUAGGACUUAUAUAGGAAACUAUUGGUGGAGGUAGUUCCCUUUGUUGUGGACUUCAAAAAUCCUAUAGAUAUUCUUGUUUAUAUAUAUAUAUAUAUGUAUAUGUGUGUGUGUAUACACUAAUGAACACACUCCUUUGUGUCUUUGUAAAAUGCUUUUGAAGACCUCAGCUGUAAGGUGCUAUUUAAGUAUGUACUAAAUAUUAUAAUUCUUUACUGUUUGGGGUUUAACUCAAUUAUUGUUUAUCUUGCUAAUGGUGAAUGUUUUUUAAAUUACUUAUUUACUUUAAGUGUGGCAGUGAUAACUGAGGAGUUCCAAAAGAGCUCCAUUUUUUCACAUCUGAAAUCUGAAUUGUGUUUAAAUUUUUAAAUUCAAGUAUUAGCUAGUUCUUGGCUCUGGAGCUAAUUAAAAUUCAAAAUUGACCAAUUUCAAUCUGGCUUAGUUCAUUUAAGGGAAUAAAGUGUUUAGUUUGCUUAUAAAAAGGACUAAUGAUGUUCAUUCUUUUCUAUCUCUUGCCCCUCCUUUCUACCUGAACCCCUCAACCCCAAAGGCCUUUUGGCUCUUAAAUCAUUUGUUAAUUAAUUUAGUGACCCUUCUUUCAAAGCAGAAUGUACAAGUACGACCAAAAGCUUACAGGGCAGCUGACUAACUAUAUACAUGGCUCUCUUCAUGGCAAGAGUUAGUAUGUGUAUAUACGAGAUUUGAGUCCUGGGACUGAUAGGGAAUUUUAAUAUAGCUGAGGAAAGUAUAAAGGGAUAGUGUUUUAUAAUUAAAGUGGAAAAUGGGUUUUUAUGAAAAGCUAUUAUUUAAGUUUACAGUUAAGAGAAUAAUUAUGUUUCUGUGCAACAAAGUGGUUAAUUACUCAUGCAAAAAAAAAAAGAAUGUAGUAUUUUAAAAUCCAGAUGUUUCUUACCUCUAGUACACUUCAGGUUACUUAACUGACAUGUACUGAGGGGAUUUAACCCUUAGUUUUAACAGGUUUUCUAGUUUUAUUUUAUUUUUAUAAAAUAAUCUAAAAAGAACCAAAAAUUAGACACUUUCAUAUGUGGCUCUAAUACCCCACACCCCCACGUCCCCACCUCAUCACCACCAGGAAACAUUUUAGACAACAUUUUGAAUCAAAAUGUUUUCUUACCAUUUAAGGUUUACUAUUUUCUAAAGAAUUGAGCAGCUAAAAGGCCUCAUUUCAAGUGGUACUAAAUAUAUAUGGAUUAGUUUCUACCUGUUCCGUAGAUCUAUAUGAAGAUGUCUUGUGCUUGCAAUAUAGAGACCAUACAGUGCUGUUUUGUAAAACUGACAGUUCUUCUAUAAAUUGCUUUAUUUAUAUGCAUUUGCUUUCGUGUAUACUUUUCAUUUACUACAUGGAUUGUAAAAGUUAAGUGUAGCAUAUUACAGUACACGUUGAAUAGAACCGAGACUUCAUGUAGUUGAAUACAUUGUAUGUAUCCGAAACAUGUUAAAUGCUUGCAUGAUGCUUAUGUGGUGACCCCACUUUAAAUUAAGCCUUAAUAUGAUGUUAGGUUUGUAAGCUUCAGAGUAUGCAAAAAUACAAGAAUGAGGGAAUUUGCCCGUUCAAACCAAGUCGCUACAGACAAAUUCAGAGAGGCUUCUCACCCGAGAUAUAAAGGGAAACGUGUAAGCCUAGAGCUAUCUCUCUAUCAAUACUGUGACUGACCUAGCUAGCCACUGGCUAUUGUCGUCCUCGGAUCUGUGUAAAAUGGGCCAUUGGGCUUUUUUCUCGGACAGUCCAAUAGAAUGUCAUGUUCUGAAAAUUCUUGGAAUUUCUUUCAGGGUUUUUCUUUUUCUUCCUUUGGGUCUCAUUUUGCUUUUGUCUUUCCAUCGAGAGCUUUAUGCCUGUAGUUCUGAUUUAGCGUAGAAACCCCUUUUGCAAACUGCUCAAGUUCUAAGCUUUCUUCAGAUAGUGCCAUCUGUCCUCACUUCUGCGUACAAUUUUACACUGAAUUUUUUUUUUCUUAAUGAAACAUUUUCAACUUGAGGUAAACAAAGUGGAGGGGACCCAGCUUUCUUUCCAAUGUGGAUCUACCUCAGUUAAACAGUUGGGUGCUAUUUAAGAAGUGUGGCAAUGAGAUUGGAAAAAGUGACCAAACAGUAAGGUAUGACUGUACAUAUACAUCUUGACAGUUCUCUGGAAGCCAGACUUUCUGUUUAAUAACUAUCUCAUGUUUGAGUUCUCUAUUCUUUGUGCCUUUUGGUUUGAGUCCCAAUGCAUUUUUCAAAAUCAACAUAAGACAUAAACUUUAUUGCCAGUGAGGGAAAACAAGCCAAACUGGCUGCAACAUUUAGCUAUUUUUCCCCUCUCUAAACCGUAGACUUUUUAUACAAAGAAAAAAAUCAAGAAGCAAAAUUCACAUUUCUCCAACAUUAAAAUCCCCAACUCUUCUAUGCAUAUGUUUAAAGCAAACUUUUGAUUUUCGGUUGUAUUGGAGAAGUUUUUUUAGUCAGAUCAUCUGAUACAGAUAUAAAUGUCAACCUCUUAACUCUGGUAGACCUUAGAAGAGCCCUUAUUUAAGGAGUAAUAUGUUGCCUGAUUGAAAUUUUUUUUCCUCCUUUCCCUGCCCUCUGGAAGCUCUAAUAGUGAUGGAAGAAAAAGAAAGGAUUUUAGAGCUGGGGUGGAUGUCAAAGAUCAUUUUGUUCCACCCUCUCAUUUUACAAAUGAGGAAACUGAGGCCCAAGGAAGUUAGAAUGACUUGUCCCUAGGUUACACAGAUGACAGUUGGUGGACCUGAGAUUUGAACUCAGUUUCCCAAUUUCCAAUCCAGGGCUUUUUGCCUGGAGAGGCAGGGUUGGGAUGGGGGGGGGCUGAUAAAAAGUUGGGGAAACUGGCUCUAGGUAACAGGCGACACCAAGAGUUGGUGUGUGUAUAUGUACAUAUGUAAGGAAAGGUGAGAAUCAAACAUAAGGAAGAAUAAACUUUCCACAUUUUUAUAUUCAACAAUCUACAACUCUCCUUUUUUUCUAUAAUGUAUAUCUUUUUUACUUAAUUCUUUUGGGGAAAACUUUUAAGUUGUAAUAUACAAGCUAUCAAGCCUUUUACUAAUUCGACUUUAUACCAGUAACAAAUCCAGAGUAGGAAACUUUCCUGUAGCAGUUCGUUUUACAAUUUUUAAAAGGUCUACAUCAGAGUUGUAAGAGAACCGACAUUCCUUAGUGGCAGAACUUCACUUGGUUCUGUAAGGCUUUUUGCUGCAGAGACUCAGUGGGUCAAUUCCUCUGUUAGUGUUUUUAUAAAGAAAAAAAAAAACUCCAUCAGGUCUAUACUUAAGCUAUAUUUUAUAAAGAGUAAAUCAUCCUUUAAUAUGCUGCGUGUAAAUGUUCAGCAUUAUUGCACUUUCUCAGUAAUAAUGUAUGCCCUACAAUUGGCUCCUAGACAAGGACUUUAAAAUUAACUUGUUUUGUGUGUUUGUGCGCGUGUAUGUUGUAUGUGUGUAUGUGGGUGUGCGCGCGUUUUUUAACAUAACAGUAGUGCUUUGGGGCAGAUGAUAAAAUUUAUAGGUACCUCAAGAAAUUAAGAGCCUGAAUAUGCUGCAUUUUUUCUUUCACUUUUACAUGUAGCAAUGUGUUUCGCCUUCAUUACCUUGUUUAGUCUAUGAAUUGCUAACUGUGUUGCUUUUAGGAUCCCCAGAGGAUGUUGCAAGGCUUUUUAAAAGUUCAUCUUGCAGGAUGUAGUAUCCUUUCCAGUUUAUUCAAAUGCAGUCGCUGGUUCAAAGAUGUCACCCUGCAUUUUGUAGUGUAGAAAACAAAAAGAUGUUUGACACAAACAGACUUGGGCAAAAGGAUACUACAUUUGUAAACAGACAAUAAUGUUCCUAAUCCUUUCUGCUCAUGCUGCUUUCUUGAUUCUUUUCUCAAUAUCAUCAAGAGGUUGGUAGCUGGUUUCUAAAUUCAAAAAUUAGAACACAACUAUUUUGAGAUACACAAACAUUCACACACACGCACAAACAUACAUGCAUCAUAUAGUUCAAAGUUUCAAAAGAGCCCUUGCAAAAUUUCUAUUUGAGCAAGUAGCCCCAAAGGUCAAUGCUGCCAUUAGAUUGCCUCAUCAGCCUAGUUAAUCUAAAGACCUAGUUUCCUUUGUGGUCCUCCUUCAACCGUGUUCCAUUAAAUUCAACCAACAUUUAUUAAGUGUCUAUCAUGUGCAAAGCAUUGUGCUAGUAGAUGCUGGGGAUACAGAGACAAAAAAAAAACAAACAACAAAACCCCCCAGUUUCUGCCCUGAAGGAGCUUACAUUUUACUUCUCUGCUUCUAGUAGUCCCCUGCCUCCAAAGUCCUCACCUCAAGAAAAAAGUGAAUCCAAAAUAAGUAGAGAUGGGGAAAUUGUCUGGGUUGAGAAAAGAGAAACUGGUGAAGAAAGCUAUAAGGCUGUGAAAUUGAGCAUCUAUUGUCAUGUUUAAGCUUUGAUGGGUCCUUUCAAGCUUGUUUUUCGCUUCCUAGGUUAAAUAGUUUGCACUACUUUUGCAAUAAAUUCAUGGAAAAACUAACAGUUAACUUUGUUUUGUUUCUUACUGUGUGUGUGUAUAUAAACUAAUCCUAAAGAGUUAGCAUAGUGUUUUUUCCACCUCCGUACAUAAUUCUUAAUAUUCGCAGAAUGCUGUAAAUCUGAUAAAAAAAAUAUGAUGUGAAUGAUAUUUUAUAAAGUUAUUUUGUAUGGUGUCAAUUUUGUUUUGCCUCAUAGUACGUCAGCAAAAAAAUAAAACUCCUCAUAUUUACGACUA